AAUCCUCACAGCGACACAGGUGAACCGUUUCUUCUGACGCUAGGAAACAUCCAGUGUAGCUGGGGCUGUCCCAACCCAGUGAGGAGCCCAGGAUGUUCCUGAAGGCUGUGGUGCUGACCGUGGCCCUGGUGGCCAUCACCGGGACCCAGGCUGAGGUCACUUCCGACCAGGUGGCCAAUGUGAUGUGGGACUACUUCACCCAGCUAAGCAACAAUGCCAAGGAGGCUGUGGAACAACUGCAGAAGACAGAUGUCACUCAACAGCUCAAUACCCUCUUCCAGGACAAACUUGGGAACAUUAACACCUAUGCCGAUGACCUGCAGAACAAGCUGGUGCCCUUCGCCGUUCAACUGAGUGGACAUCUAACCAAGGAAACAGAGAGGGUGAGGGAAGAGAUCCAGAAGGAGCUCGAGGACCUACGGGCCAACAUGAUGCCCCAUGCCAACAAAGUGAGCCAGAUGUUCGGGGACAACGUGCAGAAGUUGCAGGAACACCUGAGGCCCUAUGCCACGGACCUGCAAGCUCAGAUCAACGCACAGACCCAGGAUAUGAAACGCCAGCUGACCCCCUACAUCCAGCGCAUGCAGACCACAAUACAAGACAAUGUGGAAAACCUGCAGUCCUCCAUGGUGCCCUUUGCCAACGAGCUAAAGGAAAAGUUUAACCAGAAUAUGGAAGGGCUCAAGGGGCAACUAACCCCCCGUGCCAACGAGCUGAAGGCCACGAUCGACCAGAACCUGGAAGACCUGCGCAGCAGACUGGCCCCUCUCGCGGAGGGUGUGCAGGAAAAACUCAACCAUCAGAUGGAAGGCUUGGCCUUCCAGAUGAAGAAGAACGCUGAGGAGCUCCAGACCAAGGUCUCCACAAAUAUCGACCAGCUGCAGAAGAAUCUGGCCCCGCUGGUGGAAGAUGUGCAAAGCAAGCUGAAAGGCAACACGGAAGGACUGCAGAAGUCUCUGGAAGACCUGAACAAGCAGCUGGACCAGCAGGUGGAGGUGUUCCGGCGUGCUGUGGAGCCCCUGGGGGAUAAGUUCAACAUGGCUCUGGUGCAGCAGAUGGAGAAGUUCAGGCAGCAGCUGGGCUCCGAUUCGGGGGACGUGGAAAGCCACUUGAGCUUCCUGGAGAAGAACCUGAGGGAAAAGGUCAGCUCCUUUAUGAGCACCCUGCAAAAAAAGGGGAGCCCAGACCAGCCCCUAGCCCUCCCCCUCCCGGAGCAGGUUCAGGAACAGGUCCAGGAGCAGGUGCAGCCCAAACCUCUGGAGAGCUGAGCUGUCCCUGGUGUCCUCGGCCCAUCACAGCAGCAGACACCUGCCCUGCCCCACCACCUGUCUGUCACUCUGUUCCCAAGCACUUCUCGUACCAGCUUGAGGACACAUGUCCUGUGGGUGACGAUACCUCCUCUCGUUACUCAAUAAAGCAUCUGAG